CUUGCGCGGAUACAAGCACAAAACCCCCUCUCCCAGUCCUUACUUCACACAUGGCGUCGAGAUUCAAGCGUCAGCGAGCCAAGGCGUUGAACCCUGCAUCAGCAAUAGGAGCAGCAACGUCCACUCCGGCGUUCGGAGACGAGGACGACUACCUGUCGGCGUCGUUUGUGGUCGAGGAACCGAACAAGCCGCGCGGCAAGCGAGCGCAGCAAGAGGCAGACCCAGAGCGGGGAAGAGGCGAGUCGGUGAUGUCCAAGAAAGAUAUCGCCAAGAAAAUGGAGGACAGGAGAGAGGAAGGGUUGCAGCAGAAGAUAGGGGAGGAGAACGCAGGCUUUAAGCUCCUCAUGAAGCUGGGGUACAAGGGAGGGGGGCUCGGCAAGGACGGCGAGGGCACAACGAAGCCGUUGAUGCCGGAGCUGAAGCAGGGUCGGGCAGGGUUGGGCAAGGAGUCGGAGUCCAAGCGAAGAAAAGAGGAACAGAAAGAGCGGGCCAAAAGGAAAGCGUCCCGAGACACCCAACAGGAGGUGCAAAGGCGGGAACACUUUCGCAUGUCCAAGGCGGCGCAGUUCGUGGAUAGGCGCUUGCAGCAAGACCUCAGCCGAGCCCGGAGGCUGGUCGAGAGCCUGGACGAAACUUCGGGAAGGACAAGGUCGAUCAUGUGGCCGGACGAAGAAAAGGAGAGCUUAGACGAGGAUCCCAAUGGCGGCGGCGGCAGUUACUUGAACGACGAGGGCCGGAGGGGCGGCAUCGACACCGACGCCGCUGACACCACAGCUGGGCCUUCACAAGCAUGGGGUGGAACGGGCAGCACAGGGGAUACCCUCUCUAAGGAGCCUAAGGAAGCAAAGGGGGAGGCAAGCACUAGCGAGGAAGGGAUGGGGGAGGACGGGGGGCUUCGAGAAGAGUGGGACGUCAUGACGGCGGAUGAAAAGCUAUCGGCGUGCCUGGCCUACCUCCGUGCGAGCUACUCGUACUGCAUGUACUGCGCCUGCCGCUACGAAGGUCCUCGAGAUCUGCAGGGCUCGUGCCCCGGGCCUAGCCGGAGCGAUCACGACGACGAAGAGAUGUAAACAGCAGUGGCAGUGCAACGGCCCAGCAGAGGAUCAGAGGACAAGAUACAAGCAGCGGGGCUUUUUUUGGUGCAGAGCGUCGAGCCGCCUGCCUAUUUACCUCUGCGGCGUUUCGUUCUUUUGUGGUUCUAAAACACGUCGAGUUCAUCGCUAUCCGCAGCCAAGAGUCGUUAGCAUGGUGGCUCUGAUUUGCCUUUGUAUGUCCCCCAUGUGCAAUGGUGGCAGUGGUUCGCCUUAGCAUGCUCAUGUUGGGAAGUGCGCAUUGCGCCGUACGCCUAUGUAUGACAGCCCAGUUGACGUAAAAGUUUCGGCAGGUUAACCAAGGAGGCGUUUGUGCGUUGAGACAACAAACAACCCACAUCUCCACCAAUGUCUGGGAAUAGCGAGAGGCGAAUUUUCACUUGGCACUGCUGUUGCUGGUCGUUUGUUUGACCCGGCGUUGACCCGGCGUGACCAAUAUCACGUACACCUCUGGAUGACAUGAACCAUUUUUGCAAC